GGCGAAAGAGGGGAUCACGCUCACGAAUAUCGCUAGGGCAUCUUCGGUGGUCGCAUAUUUUUCUUCUGUGUUUAUCGUAUGUGUGCGCAUGUGUUACAUGUAUGUGCUACGGUGUGUUGAGUCUCGUCCUUUCUCGGUUCUUGACAGAAUUUCAAUGAAAUAAAUAAAUACUCAAUUGUGAUCCACGUGAUCGUUGAUUCGUGAUUGUUUGUUGUGAUCUUUUUCAAAUUAACGUAUAUAUAUACGAUAUUAAAGAAAAAUGGUGAGCAACAGUUCUGGGCGUACACCGCGUAUUCAGGUCUUCAGACCAACGUACGAAGAGUUUAAAAAUUUUUCAAAAUAUGUUGAAUACAUGGAGAGUCAAGGAGCACACAAAGCUGGUCUAGCAAAAGUGAUACCACCGCCGGAGUGGGUACCUCGUAAAGGGGGUUAUAACAUUGAUGAAAUGGAUCUGACAAUUCCGGCGCCGAUAUGUCAAGUUGUGACAGGCAAACAAGGCCUUUAUCAGCAGAUAAAUAUCCAAAAAAAAGCAAUGACGAUUAAGGAGUACAAAAAACUGGCAUUCUCCGACCGUUAUAACACACCUCGUCAUUUUGAUUAUGAGGAUUUGGAGAGGAAAUAUUGGAAGAACAUAACUUAUGUUGCGCCAAUCUAUGGAGCUGAUGUUUCUGGUUCGCUCACAGAUCCUGAAGUCACAGAAUGGAAUAUCAAUCAUCUAGGCACUAUUCUUGAUUACGUCAAUAAAGAUUAUGGCAUAUCGAUCGAUGGUGUCAACACUGCUUAUCUAUAUUUUGGAAUGUGGAAAACUACGUUCGCCUGGCACACAGAGGAUAUGGAUCUUUACUCGAUUAAUUAUUUGCACUUUGGUGCUCCAAAAACUUGGUAUGCUAUUCCACCUGAACAUGGAAGACGUCUUGAGAGACUUGCCAGUGGUUUCUUUCCAUGUAGCUAUCAAAGCUGUCCUGCUUUUCUACGACACAAAAUGUCUCUCAUAUCGCCUCAGAUACUGAGACAAUACUCAAUCCCUUGCAAUAAGAUUACCCAAGAAGCAGGCGAAAUAAUGAUCACUUUUCCUUACGGUUAUCACGCGGGCUUUAAUCAUGGCUUCAAUUGCGCGGAAUCUACCAAUUUUGCUGCUCCGCGUUGGGUAGAGUAUGGCAAACGCGCGACUCAAUGCACAUGCAGCAAAGAUAUGGUCAAAAUAUCGAUGGACACAUUCGUCAAGAGAUUUCAGCCUGAAAGGUACGAUUUAUGGCUGCGGGGCGAAGAUGUUGGUCAACAUCCGGAAGACCCAAGGCAAACAGCAGCUCCGUUACCGUCUCAAAUGGAUCUCUUAUGCGCCAAUAACAGUAGUGGUGAACUGCCACAAAGUUAUUUAAGUGCACCGAAAAAUAAGAGGCACACGAUUCAUCGUAAAAAAAAUCUAACCAACACGAAUUCAGACGUGAAUAUGGCCGAGUUGGCGAAUCGUCCAGACAUCCCAGCCGAUGUGAAGAAAGUUUUGCAAGAUUUGGAGCUUGAGGAGAGUGAGGAUCAACCGGAUGAACAACAGUUAGAAGUUUUAGAGGACAUUUGGUUGAAAGCUGGAGAAUUGGAUGCUACCGAGGCAGUUUUAUAUUCAGAGAAGAAUUUCCGUAAAAAAGGACGGAAGAGAAAAAAGAAACCACCGGGCACAGCUGAAAAAGAUCGUAAGGAAAUGAAAGCUAAGAAAUUAUCGGCUAAAGCAUUGGCCAGUGAGGAACCAUCGAGUGCAUCGACGACGCCGAAUAUUAAAACCGAAUAUCGCGAUAUCAUUGGCGAUUCUAUACCGUGUCUCCUCAUACCUGAUCUGAAAGUACAUCAACCAGAGCUUUUGAGCUCAACGACUACGGAAAAUCUCGACGAACCAAUAAAGUCUCAGCAAGACGUUGCAUCGACUUCAGGUACUUCCGAAGUUGCCGACAAAACCUCUAAACGUAAGAAAAGGAGUACGAAAAAUGUGGAACACAAAAAACACAAGCAGAAACACGUUUACAAAAACAAACGCAAUAAGAACGUGCCCCAAGUACCGAUUUUCACUCCUACCGAGACCUUGGACAUUUCUGAUGCCAAUGGACAGAGACAACUCAUGGCUAUGCCGAGUUUGUCGUCUCAAAAAUUUCCUGCAAAAAUGAGUAUCAUGACGAAUACGAUAAAACCCAAUCCGCCGUUGAUACAGGAUAAAAUUGAGAUAAAAAAUGAAUUUGACGACGAUGACGAAGACGACAACAUUCAAUUGGACAUACCGAUGUCACCGUCUCCACCCCCGCUCGAUAAUUACCUUGAACAAAAGAAUUUAAUGCUAUCUAUGAAACAAGAAUCUUCUGCGUUGUUUGUGAAGCAAGAACAUACGAGUGAAGCUGCGGUUCAAUGUUCCAAGCUUGGGACCUCAAUAAAUAUCAAAAACAAUUCAUCGGUUGAUACAAAUCCGUCAUCACGCAUAAUACACAAACCGAUUGGAAUGACUCUUCUUGGUAACUCCGGGGUUUAUGCACGCAAGGAUAUAAUAAAAGCAUCGCGUCUCAGUGUUUUAGAGAAGCAUUACGCACCCUAUCAGCGUAAAACUCCACCACCCGACCCAAUGAGAUCUUUGGAGAGCUCCAUAACCACAGACAAAGACGUUUGCAGCGCUGUCGAUGGUUUAAUGGGACUUCGCGAACAAUCGCGCGUUGCAACGUUGCAAGACGCGAGGUUUUGUUCCAACCGACCCAGCGUGUUUAUGCCAUCGCCGAUAUUUCCACGCAACAACGACAUCGUAAAUUCAUCUUUCCAAGGAGGAAUUUCUGAUCGCUCGGAAUGGCGCGAGUCCAUUGAAACUCCGGGAAAUCCUAUGAGAACUAGUAAUCACAUGCAACUUGUCGAUAAAAUGCGAAUGCAAAAAUCCUCAUUUCCCAACUCCGCGACAACCGUAUCUCCGAUCAAUCAAACUUUUGGAUUCGGACUCGAUAAAAAAUCCUGGGAAACUAAGAAUGUCGAUCAUUCGAAUGAUCCUACGAUCCAUAAAAAUUGGCACAAUCAGGCGCAUAGUUUCAACGAAAAAACUGCCGGCGAUGGUAGUCAGCCGGCCACAAGUAUCUGCCUAACUGGUCAAACGACAACUGGUCAAAUAUCUGCUGGACAAGGGCCUCUCGUAUUUUUGAAAUCCAACAAGCUUCAUCUCGCCUCAAGAUCUUACCUCAUCGAAACGAAAGGUACUUCAGAAUCGAGUGCGUUACAGCUCACAGCUUCAGGAGGAAUCGGCAACGUCGAUAGCAGAAGCAACAGUGACGCUUUAGUUUCAGCUUCCAUACUUACUCCUGCAAAAACACCGGAACCAAAAACUGUUGCGUUUUAUCUGAAACAAACAUCCGAAACAGCGAGUAGAGCACCGCGCAAGAGCAUAAUGCCUGUAAAGUUCAUUAAGCCCACUGUAAGCGAGAAUUUAUUGAGAAAUUCGAACGUAAAUGGACGUCCAGAGGGAAAGUCACAGAUGUGUUCGAUCGCUACGCAGGUUGACAAUCGCGUGACGAUAAGCAUGUCGAGUUGCGCUGCUAUGGGUAAAACGAUUUUGAAUCAGGAGCAGCGAGCAGAUAAAUACACUAGCGGCAAUUACGCUAAACCGAGUCACAGCAUUAACAAUAGCGAGCAAAAAAACGAGCCAAGUAUUAUCCACGUUGAAAUAACGACGCCGGAGCCCAAAUUUAUCCCGAAACCUCCAAGCUCCGGGAAUUAUAGUUUUGCAGGUGAAAAUUAUGGAUUGAAAACACAAACGCAACAUAUUGUAUCCUCGAGUGGUGUCGUUAAAUUGCCAGUAUCGAAAGCAAAGAAAACGAGCGUAAACAAAAGGAAAAUUAAGGAAAAAGAUAAAAAAUUAUCUACUACCGAGCCACAUACCACGGAAUCGCAACCACCGGUUCUCACUGUCGAACAAAUAUCACCUAUCAUUCACCACCAUAAGAGCUAUAAUCACGAAAUUGUAAAAACACCAAAUGCUAACAAUUACUCACCGAUACCAGGACACAUAUCCGAAAUGCUGUUCCCUAGCAAUUCGGAACUCGAUCUUUUGCAAGCCUUCAAUGAUUACUGGAGUGCACAGGUAUCGCAUUGCGCUGUGUGUGCUGCAUUUACCUCGAGUAGUGGUGGCAGCCGGCAAAUGCCACCUGAUUGGAAAUACUGCAAACCCACCGUUUUACCUGAAAGUUCACCGAUAUGGGUAUCGUCAACACUAUUUGCUGCAAACUCCAAAGAACAGGGCGUCGAGCCAGAAAAUGAUAAACUUCUGAGCUGCCGUAAUUGUCAUGUAACCGUCCACGCAUCUUGUUACGGUAUAACAGUACUACCCAGCGAUCUGCCGAAUUGGGCCUGUGACAAAUGUAAAGCCGGAAUGAAUCACGUCUCAUGCUGUUUAUGUCCAAUGCGAGGUGGUGCACUGAAGCGAACCAGCGACAGUCAAUGGGCUCACAUGCUUUGCGCCCUUUUAAUACCCGGCGUCACAUUUAAAGAUCCAAUAAACAAAGAUCCUAUAAAUGUAUUGACGAUCAAACCGGAUAUACUCAAGCAACAGUGCUGCUGUUGCGGCCAAUUCACUGGUGCAUGUCUCAGUUGUCACCAUUGCGAUGCUCUUUUCCAUCCCUAUUGCGGUCUAGUUGCCGGCGCGACGUUCGUUAUACCUGCUUACAAUUCUAAGGAACUACAGAUAACUUGCCACGGACACGGUAACGGGAAGGAAAAGAUUCCGAAGAUUCGCCAGGGUGAAAUGGUGUGGGCAAAACAUCGCAAUAAACGUUAUUACAAGGCUAGAGUCGACUCCAUUCGCGACACCUUAUUUUACAUGGUCGCAUUCAAAGACAACAGUUUUAGCGACGAUCUCUACCCAACGGAUAUAACGAAUUAUGACGUUGGCAAUCCUCCGGGGAUCGGUGCAGCUGUCACUGUUAAUUGGACCGACGGACAAAUUUACGAAGGUGUUUUCGAGGGUCAAAAUCAUAGAGUAAUGUACAACGUGAUCUUCGAGGAUGGUUCUCAGUUGAGCGUAAAUCGCGAUCAAAUAUAUAGUCUACACGAAGAUUUGCCGAAGAGAGUGCGCUCGCGUUUGUCCAUGGCGACUGAAAUGAAGCACCGAUAUCAUCUUUACGGAAUCGAAGAUCAGUCUGAUGCCCAGAGGAAGGUAAAACACACGAAAAAGUUUGACUGAACCGAAAGAGCAUUGAGUGAUGAUCCUUUUAUUGCUGUAAAUAAUUGUAAACUUUGCAUAGAUCAUAUCUAUAUGAACCGGCGUCUUAUAUACAUAUAUGUGUAUAUAUACAUAUAAGUAUAUACACUUAUCAUUAUGAAUACAAAUAUGUAUGCACAUAUACAUACACAUAUACAUAUAUAUAUUUAUUGAAAAUCGAUUUUCUUAGUUAUGAAUGUCUAUGCAGAACGUGAAUUCUAUGUUUUCUUUUUUCGUUAUUUUUCGAGUAUAUUGCGUGGCGUGAAGUGAUUUCGAGGUACCAGCCAAUGUGCUAUACGGGAAUCGAUAUUUUACGUUCUAUUUAUUUGUUUCCGUUCAUUUUUACGGACACCCGAAUACUUUCAUUUAUACAAAUAUUUUCGUGUGAAUGAUCAACCUUUAGAGACUAAUUAUAAAAUCAAUCAAACAAAAAGAUUCCAUGUUCGAUGAUACUUUUGACUCAAUAUUACAAUAAAAAACCGUCCUCGAAAUUACAGCACAUGCAUUCGCAAUAGGAUGCAAUUUGAUUUUUAUCGAUAAUAUUAUCAUGUCAAGAAUUGCGUUGUACGUAGAGGAAAGAAUGGUCGCUUUUUUAUAGGAAAAAAAGAAAUUUUCAUAGUUUACUGAAAAUGAGAUCAGUAGUUGAGGAACAAUGUUUCUACUCGUCGUCAAAAAUACUUUUAGCUGAAACAACGUUAGCGAUCUUCAGAUUAUUGUCGAAUUCCUAUCAAGAUCGUUUCUAACGGAGUGGAUUCUUUUUUUUUCUCCCAUUUUUCUGUGUCCCAUUGCGACGCGCAUCGAAAGUUCUUCAUCGAAGCUGGACAUUCGAGAAUAUUUAUUUUUUUCUCCCGAUAAAUAUCGUUAUCAUUCAUUUUCGUGUCUAUUUUUCCGUCUUUCGUCGACCAGGAUUCAACCACGAUGUUCCGCAUCCCCCCCCCCCCCCCCCAUUUCACAACCGCAUUAAUCUGUAUUAUUUCCUUCGCAUCGACAUGAACUCUUCUGAAACGUUCGAUUCAGUAUCCCCCCUUCGCUCCCCGUCUCCUUGUACAGUACUCUUAACUCCGAGUAGUUUUUUGCGUUUCUACGUCCUCUGUCCAUUUGUUUCCACAGCUAUAAGAGUAAUUAUGUAUACAAGAAAAAAAAACCACCAAAAUAUCCGUAGUGCAAUUGUCGAUCGAACCACCAUGCUCUUGCGAUGGUUAUUUUAAAUAAAACUAUAAAGAUUAAGAUAUUAAAAUACGUCUGCUAGUGUUUAUAAACGAUGAGGUACGAUCCGAGACUUUGAAUUUGAAGCAUACGAGAAAGACUAAUGUAAACAUAGGGAUAUUCGAUUCAAGGGGCUCGUAUCAUUGUCUACCGCUUACUUUUCGUGAAACUAAUUGAAAAAAAAAAACAAAAACAAAAACAAAAAAAUAUAAGCAUCGAUACCAGAUUUGUAUCACAUAUUAAUUGAGAAUCGGUCUGUGACACGAGUUCAUCGAUCGAAAUUUUCACUAGUGAUUUAUAAUAAAAUUCGUUUACUAGUCUAUCAGAUUGCGUUUGCAGUUACAACGUGUGGUAGACCGUACGGUGACGACGAAUGUAAAAAAACAAAAAAAAAACAAAAAAAAAAUCAAGAAAAAAUUACAGAACACGAAACGGUUAUGCCCGAAAUUAUAUGUGAUGCGUGCGAUCUGUUUUAUCAUUGUUUAGAAACAAAAAUAGAAUAUUAAUUAAAUGAGAUGAUAAAAAACGAGAACUUUAUAUUAGCUGACGGGACAUUAGCAAAUGGGAGAUUUUACGUGUAUAUUGUAUUUCUCCCUGAGCGUAAAGACUCGCAAUGGAAGAAAGAAAAAAAAAAUAAAAAUUGAAAUGAAAUAAU